AUGCCCGCGGGUGUGUGGGUGCUCGAACAGCCGCUGUCUGCCGCCAAGGAGGAGUGCGCCGCACAGAGUGCUGCUGACACAGAGGGCAGCCGCGACGGCGCCUCGUCGAGCCGGGAUAGCGGGAGCAUCAGCUCUCCUGUCUGCGAGAGGUGCUCGCGCCGUCUCGACACUGUGCCUAUCGGUGAAGGAGGUGAUCCGGACACCGCUGUGUACAUUUCAAUUAUUCAUAACUUGCAGGAGAGGGUGCAGACUCUGCAGAAUGCGCUGCUUUCCGCCUGCGAGUGUGCGGCGCUAUCAGAGAACGUCGAACAAGUUGAAAGUCAUUCGGUCGCUUGCCCUGGGUUGCAGCAGAAACCAGUUUUUGGCGAGGGGCAAAUCACACGAAGGAGGCGCAGCGAGUGGACGCAGGCGGCAGACGCGAACGGUGCCAUGGUAAUGCUUGAAAAACUAUCGUCAGAGUUUCACCAGGGGGACUUUGAGGAGUGGAUGACAUCGGCAUCGUUUGUUUUCCCGGGUAAGGAAGGUACAAGUGUGAGCAACGGUACCGCUGCUCAGAGAAGUGGGAGUGAAGAGGUGGAUGUAGCGGAGGAGGCGCCGAUUUUUCACAGCCCGAAGUGCGAUGACCGCGCUAAGAUGCCAGCGAACGCCGAUUUGCCUGUUGAGCCUAUCAUCUUUGUGGACAUCACGGCCGUGAUGGGCGGAAAGAAUCAGGCAGAACCGACCGCCGAGCUAAGCAGUCACGGCGUGCAGCUUCAGCCAAAGCAAAUAGAAGAAGAACACAUUCACCAGUUGACUACAGAAAAUGCCAAGUUACGCGAGGAGUUCGAUGAGGCGCAGCGUCAGUUAGAUAUUAGAGGCAAUGAGAUGCGAUGUCAGAGUCUAAAGCUAGAAGAGUUGAGCAACAGUAUGGAGCACCUGCAGCAGUGCCAGGCCAAGUUACAGGAGGAACUUGCGGUAGCGCACCGACAGCACGAGGCGGCAAUUGAGGCGGUGCGGGUGUCUGAGGAAAAGAAGGCGGUUGCGAUGGUGGAAUCACUUAAGGCAGAUGCUGUGAAGUUGCAGGAAGCGUGCACAGAAGCGAAGCAUGACGCAGAGGUGGCGUGGUUGGAGGUGAGGCGUUUAGAGCUAGAGCUGCGCGCGUGGGGUGACAAGGAACGUGAGCUGCAGCGGCUUCGCAUUUUAAUGCGCUUCUCGGAGCUGAAGAAAGACAGUGACCAGCUCGGCAGCAUCGUGGAGAAGAUGGAGGCUGCUGACAAGGAGAAGGAGCAGCUGCGCGAGGAAAACAGGCGCUGCCGCACGUUGCUCGCAGAGUACCGUUGCCGCCUUGACGCUGCGUUGGUGCACUGCGGCAGCGACGACAUCAACGACACCAGCACCAACAAAAUCAACAACAACAACAACAACAACAACAACAACAACAGCAGCAGCAGCAGCAGCAGCAGGAUCAAGAAGAAGGACAAGAACAAGAAGGGCAACAGAGACACAUGCGAGCCGGUUGUGUGUGGUGACACAGCGCACAUGACGCGGCCCUGCGUCUCAAGUGAGGCGCCGCGCAGACCCACACGGCCGGCGUCAGCACAACGGGUGACAAGUUGUGUCUUGCAGCGCGUGUCGCUGUUGCACGCACGACCACGCCGCGCCUCCGCUGGGAGACCUCCGCUUGACCCCGCGGUGUUUCGUUCACACAGGAGUGUAUCCCGCAGCCUACUGUUCGAGGGGGAAAGAGGUGGCACGCAACAUCGGCAGCAGACUGCAGUAUCGCUGCGCUCGAAGAGCCGACCGAGAUCGUUGCCGGUUGCGUGA